AUGGCGGCGGCGCCCCCCUUGAAGGCGAUCCGGGCGGCGCCGCCCGCGAUGGCGGCGGCCGGCCGGGCCCCGCGCCGGGCCGAGCCCCUCCGCAACCCCGGCAGCUUCGAUGAGCUGCACCGGCUCUGCAAAGAGGUGUUCCCGCCGCAGAUGGAGGGGGUGAAGCUGAUCGUCACCAAGACCCUGAGCAGCCACUUCCAGGUGACACACACGGUGCACAUGAGCACCCUGGGCCCCUCCGGCUAUCGCUUCAACGCCACCUUCGUGGGGGACCGCCAGCUCGGGCCCACUGAGGCGUUCCCCACGCUGCUGGCUGACAUGGACAGCGCCGGCAGCCUCAACGCUCAGGCCCUGCAGCUGCUGGCCCAGCGCCUCCGCGCCAAAGCCGUCUUCCAGACCCACCAGGCCAAGUUCGUGACGUGGCAGUUUGACGGCGAGUACCGCGGCGACGACUGCACGGCCACGCUGACCCUGGGCAACCCCGACCUGCUGGGCGGCUCCGUGAUCCUGGUGGCGCAUUUCCUGCAGAGCGUCACCGCCCGCCUGGUGCUGGGCGGAGAGCUCGUCUACCACCGGCGCCCCGGCGAGGAGGGGGCCAUCCUGACGCUGGCAGGGAAAUACUCGGCCCCCAACUGGGUGACGACGCUCAACGUGGGCUACGGGGGGGCCCACGCCAGCUACUACCACCGGGCCAACGAGCAGGUGCAGGUGGGGGUGGAGCUGGAGGCCAACACGCGGCUGCAGGAGACCACCUUCGCUUUUGGCUACCAGCUCAACCUGCCGCGAGCCAACGUCGUCUUCAGAGGGCUCCUGGACAGUAACUGGAGCGUUGGGGGGGUCCUGGAGAAGAAGUUGCCCCCCCUGCCCGUGACGCUGGCCCUGGGCGCCUUCCUCAACCACUGGAGGAACCGGUUCCACUGCGGCUUCAGCGUCACCGUGGGCUGAGGGGACAGCGGGGACAGCGGGGACAGCGGGGACGUGGCACCGUCCUGCUCAGGGAGCCACCGGGCCGGGCCCUGCAGGUGCCACAGCGGGGACACGGCGCGCUGGGGACAGCGAGUGACAGCGCUGCGGGG